UGGCCACGCAUGGACCGCCAACGCCCGGGACCCAAGCCCUGGCAACGUCGUCAAAGCCACGUUCACCCACGCUCAGGGCACCAGCCAAGUCAAACCCGACCAGGUCGUCGAAGAGCACGCGCAGGGCCCUGGACACGCCACCGUAGGAGAAGCAGCCGACUUCACCGCUCCGGGUCCGAGCCCCGACGAGGGGGCAGAGGCCAUCACUAUUCCUGACGGGCUGCCAGGUGCCACCGCACGCGGAUACCACCAGCAAUUCGAGCCGACGGAGUUCGAAAAAGAGGUGCUCCGCUGGGAAGAGCCACCGCUUCCGGCACUCUUCGAGGCCCUUGAUAUGCCCAACCUUCUCGAACGGAUAGACGGGUUAGACAUCGCCCCCGAAGAUGCAGGACUACCGGCCGUCAGCGACUUUGACGCCAUCUCGCGUCCCGAAGACAUCGCCCCCGAAGAUGCAGGACCACCGGCCGUCGGCGACGUUGACGCCAUUCUGCGUCCCGAAGACAUCGCCACCGAAGACACAGAGCUACCAGACGACAGCGAUCUGGAUGCCAUCCUACAUCCCGAAGGCGGCAUACCAGAAACGUCGACCCCCACCCCAGCUGUUCGUUGUGUGACUGGAGAGGCGGAUUGGAGAGUACGUACGCCCGACGGCCGGCUGCCAGACACCCUGAAGGCCCGGCUCCUGGCACAACUCGUCAACCCGCGGCGUAAAGAUGUCCGAUUCUUGGCAGAGGCGGACAACACCUUCUUCCAGGUCCACAUCAGCAAGACGAGCAAAGUAACCAUUCGCUCACGGGCCCCCCGAAGCAAGGAGAGGGUGUGAGGACCCAUACUGGGAGCCUCACAUAGUUAAUUGAUUAAAAAGACAACCUGAAAAUAUAAGACAUCGCAAUGGAGCGAGAUUUGUAUCAGUAAAAAUCAUCUUCUAUGUUAGUAAAUAAGCUAGUUAAUUUUUGCAUAGCCGAAAUCCCGCCAAACGGCCAGCUCACACAGAAUAGCCGCAAAGAGAAUAGCGAAGAGAGAGCCACGCUCUCUUUCGAGAAAGUCCCGUUGGUUCGAAAACGAGCGCCAGGCGUGGUGAGAGCGUCGAGCGACCGUGGCGAGAGCGAGAGUCGAUUUUCGGAAGCGAGCAAAGACGGAACGCCGCGGAGUGACUAGAAAAGCAAGAAAAAGUGUUGAACGGCCGGGCGCCCAAGAAGUGGAGAAGAAUGGACGAGCUGCAGGAGCACAGACGCCGGAUCCGCGGAUGGAUGCCACAUCGAAAUAAAACCACCAGCACCUGAGGCAGUAGACCACCAUAACUAUAAGGGCUGGUAUUCCACAGUCUUGUUUGCCCUAGUGGAUUAUAGAUACAGAUUUACAUAUGUAAAUAUCGGCUCUGCAGGAAGGUGCAAUGACUCGAUGAUAUACCAGAAGUCAAGCCUUGCAAAACAUAUCGAAGCAUCGGCAUUACUCCAAGAGAAAGCCAAGGAAAUAAGCGGAGUAAACGUCCCUGUAAUGCUUAUCGGGGACUCGGCAUUUAGGUUUUCUAAAAAGCUGAUGAAACCUUACCCGUUUUCCACAGUCGCCUCUUUGGAACAGCGCACGUUUAACUACAACCUUUCCAAAGCUAGGCGAGUGGUGGAAAAUGCAUUUGGGCAUUUAAAAGCCAGAUUUCGAAUAAUCGGAAAAGGUCUUGAUAGCCACCACAAAAAUAAUAGCGCCAUAAUAAUGAGCUGUUGUAUUUUACACAAUAUAUUAAAUAUGCACAACAGCGCGAUUAAUGAAAAUUGGGAGCUUGCAAGAAAUGAGCAGCGCGAACAGCCCGAUACCAGCAACAGUUCUGCUGACUUUAAUCAGUCAGAAGAACAGAUACGAUCUGCAAUCGCAAAAUAUUGUGUAGACCGUAAUGAAAAUUAAAAACUUAUUUAUUUUUAUUUUUUAAAACUUCUAAUAAGUCGUACUGGAAUUUUGUUUGGGUGCUGAUCAAGUCCUGCACCAUCUUCUCCUGCCUAACGUCGUGCUCCUCCUUCUUUCUGUGGUGGUCCUUUUGUUGUUCGAGACGCUCCUGGGCGAUCUCUGCCAGCCACGAAAUGUCGGUCUUUUUCUUUUUCUUUGGCGGACGCCCAGACAAGGUGCUGGAGCUACAAGAUCCGUCCAGGUCCA